GAAGCAAAUCUAGAAGAAGCUAUCGUUCGAUAUACGUAAACCUUUUCGUUUUUCCAAGAACGCGAGAAUCUUCAUUUUGAUAUAUUUACUCUUAAGAAUCUCGCCCCCGACAUUCUUGUCAGGAUCCGAAGUUGACUCAUCAAUGGCUACCGCCACUUCCAUUGUGCGGUACCCAACGGCCCCACUGUCCCGCAAAGUCACUAUCUCCGACCAAAAACCAACGCCAUUCGUUCAAAUCCCCCAAUUUCCUCGAAAACGUUCCCGUUUCACUGGUCUUUUCGCUUCCCUCCACGACAGCGACGGUCGCGACAACAACAACAACAACAACAACAACUUAAGCAAUAAGAUUACGAAGGCCGUAGGGCUGGAGAAGCUUUUCGAUAAUUCCCCUUACGACAUCGUUUCCAAAGACUCUCUUUUGCAUCCCAGGCCACUUUCUUCAACCCAGUUCUCUAAUUUGCUCUCUGAUGAUUCUUGCCUUCGCGUUGCAUAUCAGGGAGUUCGUGGCGCCUACAGCGAAGCAGCUGCUGAGAAGGCCUAUCCAAAUUGUGAAGCUGUUCCCUGUGAUCAAUUUGAUGCUGCUUUUCAGGCCGUUGAAAAGUGGUUAGUGGAUAGAGCUGUAUUACCAAUUGAGAAUUCGUUAGGUGGUAGUAUUCAUAGGAAUUAUGACCUAUUGCUUCGCCAUAGCUUGCAUAUCGUUGGGGAAGUUAAGCUUGCGGUUCGUCAUUGCUUACUGGCCAAUCAUGGUGUCAAAAUUGAGGACUUGAAAAGGGUUCUCAGCCAUCCUCAGGCUCUAGCACAGUGCGAGAACACGUUAACAAAGAUAGGCUUGAGUAGAGAAGCAAUUGAUGAUACUGCCCUUGCAGCAAAGUAUGUGGCUUUCCAAAAACUAAAAGACACUGGAGCUGUUGCAAGUUCUUCAGCUGCAGAGAUAUAUGGACUGAACAUUCUUGCUCAAGAUAUUCAGGAUGAUUGUGAUAAUGUUACUCGAUUUCUAAUGCUGGCCAGGGAGCCUAUUAUUCCUGGCAUGGAGAAGCCAUUCAAGACAAGUAUAGUUUUCUCAUUAGAGGAGGGUCCUGGUGUGCUUUUCAAGGCACUUGCUGUUUUUGCUCUUCGGCAGAUCAACCUUACAAAGAUUGAAAGUCGUCCCCUGAGGAACCAGCCCUUGCGAGCAUCCGAUAACAGCAACAAUGGUUCAAAAUACUUUGACUAUCUUUUCUAUGUGGAUUUUGACGCUUCGAUGGCUGAAGAGAGAGCACAGAAUGCCCUAAGACAUCUAAAGGAGUUUGCAACUUUCUUGCGAGUUCUAGGGAGCUAUCCGGUCGAUACUACCAUGAUAUAAACAAAUUGUUGAUCAUGUGCUUGAAUGUUGAAAGUAAGGUCUGUACUGGUGAAAUGCUUUUACAUAAAUGAAUUAUGUCUAGGAUGAAUGGUGAUUAUCUAGUUUUUGUCCCUCGAUAAACAUUGUCUUGUGGAAGAUAUUGCUGUUGGGUCUCUAAGCAUGUAAAGCUUUGGAUCUGAGACUUUCAUCCUUUUCUGAUGGCUAGUACAAGCUAUUUUGUUGUUGUUGUUAUAGUUGGAUGAGCCUAAAGCUAGCUUUAAUUUGAAGAUAUAUUCACUCACAAUUGUUUAAUAAACUUAGGCAUAGCUUGAAUUUGAGCAUAAUAUUAAAUGCUAAUUUUGCUACACUCAAAAGUGUAGCUUGAAUCCAAACAUGACAAUAAAUGCAAGUUUAGACCUCAAAAGCUGCUAGCCAACCUUACAUAUGUUUGUUUAAGUUUUGGCCAAAUAAGCAUUUUUUUUUAUUAUGUUUGUGACAUAAUCACACUUUUUGGAAACACUAUCCCAACAAGCUUUGAUCGACUCAGUGUGAUAUUCUAUUCCACGUGAGUGCGACUUCCUUAUUAACAAUGUAUUCUAUAGUUAGAUCUUUGCAGUGGACAUUUUGUUUUUUGCUAAAACUAGGAACAGAUGUGGCCAUGGUCAAUAGUAUUCUAGAUGGAUGUUGCAUAUUUUGUUUAUAGACCUUGGGCUUUAUUGAUGCAUUUGAAAGAGAGGGUUAGGAGAGCUUUCUGCUCUUGUUGCUAGCUUACCCGGUUUUAUAUCUAUGCAUAUAGUGGAGACCAACUUAAGGGAGAUGGUUAAACAUUGUUUUGGAGAUUGUUGCAAGACUAAUAUAACAAUUGGAUCUUUCAUACUACUUCCUUUUAGGGAAAGAUUAUUUCUGCGGGAAACAUAUCACCUGCAAUUAUUGCAUUACAAUUAAUUAAUCUAAAUUAAAAAAUGUCAGGUUCAUCUAAAUCUUAUAUGAAGCCCACACUUAUAUGUGGUGAAAUUUUACAUAAUUUUUUAAUAUGAUUGAAUAAUUGUAGGAUUGUAGCAAAAAAAAAAAAUUAUAGGUGAAAUGAAUCUCUGAACAAUCUUGAUGCCAUUGGAAACAAGGAGCAACACCAGUUGUUUACCCUACUAACGGACUCCAAAUUAUCUCCUACCCCUCUGCCUGUAUCUUUCGGGUUCUCUCAAAUACUGGACAAACAUGGUAGCUGUUGCUAUUCAUUAAUCUUUUCCUUCCUUUUUCUACUUUAGGUUCUAAGUUUGAAAUCAUUUGAACCUUUCAUGUUUCUGUUAGAAAAUUUUGCUUAGUAGUAUGCACUGCUAAAUGGUGUCAAGUUUGUUGAGCUUUUUGUUUCUAACACGACUGAUGA